AUGAAGGGAAGGAGGGGGGCUCACAGUGAGUAAAAGAGAGGGAGGGAUGACAAGAGAACAGAAGGGAGGUUUGCCCAGUAAGUGGGCGGGGCAACAUGAUAAGAAUGAGUGACAGCAAUGGAUCUAAGAGAGGAGAGGGAGGGGAGGCUGAGCUAAACACUAGUAGGAGGAGGUAGCAGAGACCGAAAUAGAGAAGGGGUGGGGUAGUGUAAGGCAGCUCUGUGUGUGAUGUAGAAUGGGAGGGAUGUGAGGGGAGAGAGAGAAGCUGGGAGGGUGUGAAUGAUCAGAGAGAACAAGCGAGCAUCUAGUUGGAGAGCUACAGGAGGGGGCACACUCACUGCUCUACUCACACUGACACUUUGACACUUAAGGGGCCAAACACCACUGUCGUGCCCAUGCCUGGAUACACCUGCUCCAAGGAUAGACCGGGGAGAACGUAGAACUCGCCUCUUGUAGCACUUACUAACCAUCCAGACUCAUGUGUAGCCCUCCCAUCCAUUAUAAUCCACAGAAGAACACAGAGCUGAUCCUUCCCCAAGAGGAGUCGGGGACCCCCUUGAAUCUGUUUCAGGGGGAUUUGUGCAAAGAAGCUUCUGACGGAGAGUAUGGAUACUGAAAGUAAGAAUUAGGUGGGGGGACGAGGCAGCAGAGAGAAGGAGGCAGAGGUGAGAGGGCAGCUGUCACUAAACAUGGAUUGCAGUGUGCUGAGAAGACUCAUCAACAGAUACUGUGCUGGAGAAGAGAACUGGGUAGACAAUAGAACAAUUUACAUUGGCCACAAACAGCCCCCUCCUGGCACUGAAGCGUACAUUCCUCAGAGGUAUCCAGAUAACAGGAUAGUCUCCUCAAAUUAUACUUUCUGGAACUUUGUACCGAAGAACUUGUUUGAACAAUUCAGAAGAAUAGCAAAUUUCUAUUUCCUUAUAAUUUUCCUUGUACAGCUUAUCAUUGAUACACCAACUAGUCCAGUAACCAGUGGUUUGCCACUUUUUUUUGUGAUCACUGUGACAGCGAUUAAACAGGGCUAUGAAGAUUGGCUGAGGCAUAAAGCUGACAAUGCAAUGAACCAGUACUCAGUCCAUGUUAUUCAGCAUGGGAAACUGGUCAGGACACAAAGCAAGAAAUUAAGGGUUGGAGACAUUGUAAUGGUAAGAGAAGAUGAGGCUUUUCCAUGUGAUUUGGUAUUUUUAUCAUCAAGCAGGGAGGACGGGGCAUGUUUUGUUACAACAGCUAGUUUGGAUGGAGAAUCUAGUCAUAAAACCUAUUUUGCCAUUCAAGAUACGAAAUCAUUUCACCACGAACAAGAAAUGGACAGUCUGCAUGCUACCAUAGAAUGUGAACAACCGCAGCCUGACCUGUACAAAUUUGUUGGUCGGAUAAACAUCUACAAUCAAGCAGAUGAGCCAAUUGCCAGGCCUCUAGGAUCUGAGAAUCUGCUGCUUCGUGGUGCCACUUUGAAAAACACAGAGAAGAUAUUUGGUGUUGCAAUAUACACUGGCAUGGAAACCAAAAUGGCAUUGAAUUACCAGUCCAAAUCACAGAAAAGAUCUGCUGUUGAAAAGUCAAUGAAUGCCUUUCUCAUUGUGUAUCUUUGCAUUCUGAUCAGUAAAGCUUUAAUAAACACUGUGCUUAAGUAUAUAUGGCAGAGCGACCCUUCCCGCGAUGAGCCCUGGUACAACCAAAAAACCGAUUCAGAGCGACUAAAAAAUAAAUUCCUUGGAGCAUUUACAGACUUUUUAGCUUUCAUGGUCCUCUUCAACUACAUCAUUCCUGUAUCCAUGUAUGUCACAGUGGAAAUGCAGAAAUUCUUGGGGUCCUAUUUCAUCUCCUGGGAUGAAGAAAUGUUUGAUGAAACGACAGGAGAGGGUCCCGUUGUCAACACAUCUGACUUGAAUGAAGAACUAGGACAGGUUGAAUACAUAUUUACAGAUAAGACUGGGACUUUAACUGAGAACAAUAUGGAGUUUGUUGAGUGUUGCAUUGAAGGGCACGUUUAUAUUCCUCAUGUCAUCUGCAAUGGACAGAUUCUCCCUGACUGUAUGGGCAUUGACAUGAUUGAUUCCUCUCCUGGAGCUGGUGGCAAAGAGAGGGAAGAACUAUUUUUCCGCGCACUUUGCUUAUGCCACACUGUGCAGGUGAAGGAUGAAGAUCAUAUCGAUGGAGAGAAAAAAUCUAGUCACUCUGGGAGAUCCAGUGUAUAUAUUUCAUCCUCCCCUGAUGAAGUUGCACUUGUUGAAGGUGUUCAAAGGCUCGGCUAUACGUUUUUAAGGAUGAAAGAUAAUUACAUGGAAAUAUGUAACCGAGAAAAUGACAUUGAAAAAUUUGAACUGCUACAGGUUCUGACGUUUGAUUCUGUGAGAAGACGGAUGAGUGUUAUAGUCAGAUCAUCCAAAGGUGACAUCUACUUGUUUUGCAAAGGAGCAGACUCUGCCAUAUUCCCCAGGGUCAGAGAAGGCAAAGUGGAUCAAAUUCGAGCCAGAGUUGAACGCAAUGCAGUGGAAGGGCUGAGAACUCUGUGUGUUGCCUACAAAAAAUUUUCUCAAGAGGAAUAUGAGUGGGCUAACAAAUUGCUCAAGGACGCACAGCUGGCACUUCAGGACAGAGAGAAGAAACUGGCAGAGGCAUAUGAACAAAUAGAACAGGAUCUUAUUUUACUAGGUGCUACAGCAGUUGAAGACAGGCUUCAAGAAAAAGCAGCUGAUACAAUAGAAUCACUCCAGAAAGCUGGCAUUAAAGUCUGGGUACUAACAGGGGACAAAAUGGAGACAGCUUCUGCCACCUGCUAUGCAUGCAAACUAUUCAGGCGGAACACACAGUUGUUAGAGCUCACAACAAAGCGAAUAGAGGAGCAGAGUUUACAUGAUGUGCUGUUUGAGCUCAAUAGAACAGUCCUAAGGCACAGUGAAAGCAUGACAAGAGACAAUUUCUCAGGGUUUUCAACAGAUUUCCAGGACUAUGGUUUAAUUAUUGAUGGGGCUACACUGUCAUUAAUAAUGAAACCCAGGGAAGAUGGGAGCUCUACAAACUACAGAGAGGUGUUCUUGGAAAUCUGCCGUAAUUGCAGUGCAGUUCUCUGUUGUCGAAUGGCACCACUACAGAAAGCACAGAUUGUUAAAUUAAUCAAGUCUUCGAGGGAACAUCCAAUUACGCUAGCCAUUGGUGAUGGGGCUAAUGAUGUCAGCAUGAUUUUAGAAGCACAUGUUGGUAUAGGGUUAAUUGGAAAGGAGGGAAGACAAGCUGCCAGAAACAGUGACUAUGCAAUCCCUAAAUUUAAACAUUUAAAAAGAAUGCUGCUGAUCCAUGGACAUUAUUAUUAUGUUAGGAUAUCAGAACUUGUGCAAUAUUUCUUUUAUAAGAAUGUCUGCUUUAUUUUCCCUCAGUUUUUAUACCAGUUCUUCUGUGGCUUCUCACAACAGCCUUUGUACGAUACUGCAUACCUGACACUUUACAAUAUCAGCUUCACUUCACUUCCCAUCCUCUUGUAUAGUCUGAUUGAGCAACAUGUUAGUAUAGAUGUGCUGAAGAGAGAUCCUACGCUGUACAGAGAUAUUGCCAAGAAUGCAUUACUGAGGUGGCGCUUGUUCAUUUAUUGGACGUUCCUAGGACUGUUUGACGCAGCAGUGUUUUUCUUUGGAGCAUAUUUCCUCUUUGACAAUGCCACUGCCACCAGCAAUGGGCAGCUCUUGACAACCAACACAUACAUGAUGUUUGGGAACUGGACCUUUGGGACAUUGGUGUUUACAGUCCUUGUUUUUACAGUGACAUUUAAGCUUGCACUGGAUACACAUUACUGGACAUGGAUCAACCACUUUGUAAUAUGGGGGUCUCUCUUGUUCUACAUCAUCUUUUCACUGCUGUGGGGAGGAAUUAUCUGGCCGUUUCUCAAUUAUCAGAGGAUGUAUUAUGUAUUUAUACAAAUGCUGUCAAGUGGUCCUGCUUGGCUGGGAAUAGUUCUCCUCAUUACAAUCAGCCUUCUCCCUGACGUCCUCAAGAAAGUUAUUUGCAGGCAUAUGUGGCCCACGGCAACAGAAAGGAUCCAGGAUGCUUCCAUGAAGUCCCAGGAGGUUUCUGAGUUUACCCCCCUUGCUACAAUGCAAAGCCCAACCUACCAAAGCAACGAGUUCAACAAUGCUACACCCAACAGGUCUAAUUCUCUUUCUAAAAAAGUGAUGCUCACUCAGUGGCAAAACAAUGAUUAUUUAAAACGCCCAUACCUUUUUGGCUAUUCCAACACAAGCUAUAAUUCCAACACAGGCUCUUACCUCUGCAGGUCAGGGCAGGAAACAUCUGUGUGACAGAUCACCACUGCAAGCCUUUAGAACUCUAUUUUUAAAGUGUAUUUUAAUAAGUUGAGGAUGCAGCAUAUCGAUUGUAUAAUAGAACUUCUGCCUCUUGGACUCAUUCAGCUGCCUGACUGUGAGAGAAGAUUUGGCUCUCUUGGCCUUGGGGGCUCUUAUUUCUUUUUUUAAGCACUGCAGCAAAGAACAAUCUCCACAGUCUGGUACUGUAGGACUGAUAGCACUAUAGAUUCUCUAUUUCCUUCCCAGAGAUUUGAUGAGUUGAUUUGUUUAUUAGUUUUUUUUGUUAAUAAUUCUAUAUUGUCUUUGUGAUUGAUUUGUGUGUCUAAGUUAAAAUUGCAGAGUGGAGUGCACAACUUCAUCUAACUAAAGCUCAUGCUUUCUUCUUUUUUUUUUCUCUUUUUUUUCUGUCGGUCACUAAAGAAGCUGGUGUUGCGUUUGUGCACAUUUUUUAUCCAGAAAUACAGGCUAGCAGUCAUUUCAUUGUAAGUUGCCAAAUUAGUUUAUUUUGUACUUCUAGUACUCCCCCUAAUAGAGAUAGAAUUCUAGACUUGUGCAUGUGUUGUGUGUCUAAUACGUGUCUUGCAGACCAUGUCUUGUCAGCAGCUCUGUUCCAUAAGGCCCUUUCAGAACUGAAUGUAUUGGUUUACAGUACUUAAGGGCGCAUUAUGGAAUAGACCCAAGUGGUAAUUACAUACCUAUGUGAUGUCCUUACACGUCCAGAUGUUUUAAUAUGUAUAUGUUUUAGCUGUCUGGUUUAUGUCACAUAUUUAUUACAGAAAGACUGUUACAAAACCAAAACAGUUCACAGUGUUGCUGGGCUUUAGGGGUUGCUGAUUCUAGUGUGUAUGAAUUCUGUUUUUUCCAACAAGGUCAGAACCCUAGAUAUGCAGUCCAAUUAAAUUCCUGAACCAA